AUGUCAAAUGAUAAAAAAAUUAAUAGUGAUGAUUCAUCAUUGAUUUAUAAAACAUCAACAUCAUCAUCGCCAUCAUCAUCAUCAUCAUCACCAUUGCAACAAAAACAAAAAGAAGAUCCAUUAUCGGAUAAAUUAACAGAAUAUCCAAGUACAACAAGCCUUGGAUUUGGAGUCGAAGACAGCAUUACUGUUGUUGUAAGCAUCGAAGAUGCUGAUAUUAAAUCUAAACAAAUAUCACCGAUAGCAGCAAGUUUUCCAUUUGAUCAGAAAAUUUCAAACAAUGUUGAUAUAUAUGAUUGUUGUUUAAUUGCAAUCGAAUGUAGUAAACAUAAACGGCUUGCAUUACAAAAAAUGCCGAAUCAAUGUUACUAUUUGCCGAUCACCAGAUUUAAUAUUGUAACUGAUUCAUUUGAAAAGAUUUUCAAUGAAUUUUGUGAAUCAAAUACAAUGUCAUUACCAAAAGGGAAAUUUUCUUCACCUGAAUUAAUUGAUGAAUGGCGCAUACGACAACCAAAAACUGAACAAUUUUUCACUCGUUUUAUUUUCAAAACAAUUAUUGAAACGGAUGAAAAAGAAAAAUGCUGUAUUGAUAGCGAUACAGUUCGUUGGCUAAAUGAAAGUGAUCUGAAAAAUCUUCAAGAUCCAAUGUCAAAAAAUAUUCUUGUCUGGGGUAUAGAACCGUUCAACAUUCUCCAUAACUCACAACAACAGAAACAGCAGCCUUGUAAUAUUCUAAAAGAAUUACAAUUCGAAGAUAUUCUACUAUUUGAUGAUAAAAAUAUCAAUGAUUUAAUUGAUUCGGUAAUCGAUUGGACAGAAUUGGAAAGAAAAUCAAUCUAUAAUGAAUAUCUUGUACAUUGUUAUCCAUCACAGACAAUGUCAUUUCCAGCAUUCAUUAGUUUUUCAUUCAAAUUAUCCAUAUUGAAUCAUUUUACACCAAAUGAAUUACGUAUGAUGUAUAGAUCAUUUGAUCGUAAUAAUAAUUUUGCCAUUGAUUUUCAACAAUUAAUCAUUGGUAUUAUAUUAAUGUUAGAUGAUAAUGAUUUAAAUCAUCGUAGUCCAUAUUGGAAUGAAAAAAGAUUUCAAUCAUUAUUUAAUUAUUAUGAUCUUGAUAAUGAUAAUCAAUUAAAUAAUGAAGAAUUGUAUAAUUUAUUUAAAGAUUAUUAUGAAAAACUUGAUUCAUUUCUUUACGAUCGUUCAUUAAUACCGGCAUGGAUGAAUGAAGAAAAAAGUCGAAAAGAUUAUAUUAAUAAUAUGAUGCAAAAAUAUUCGACAAACAAUAUUGUAACUAUAACACAAUUGGAAAAAAUUAUGAAUGUUUUAUCAAAAUCAUAUACAAAAUUACCACAUAUGUGGCAAUUAUUAUAUCGUAUGCCAUUCAAUGUAUUAACAUAUGCAUCGGUUACAUUUUGUUAUCGACAAACAUUUCAAUCAACAUUUCCAUAUUAUACAGAUUUAAAUAUCAAUAAUUAUUAUAUUGGUAAUAAUAAUAAUAUUCGAUGUGAGAAUUGUUCAAAAAAUCGUUUUGCACUUUCCAAUCAAGUAAUCUGUUUAUCAUUGGAUGGUGAAAUAUGUGAUAUAAUACGAUUGGAACCAUUUUCCGAACGAUCAACAUUAGAAUUUAUUGUUGAUAUACCGGAUGAUGAUAUAUAUUUAUUGACCAUUGAUGUUUUAGUACGUUUACAACGUUUAUCAUUAUUUUUAUUCGGUACAGAAAUAUUUCGAACAUCUAGUAGUAAUAAUAGUAAUAAUAAUCAUGAAGAAUUAUUAAGAAAUUGGUUUUUUCCAACACAAAUGGAAAUGAUGGAAACAAUAAGAAUUAUUGCACAAACUGUAAUGGAAAUAUUUGCUAAAGAAGAACGUUGUUUAAAGAUAAAAUCACCAUGUUAUGUAUUUGGUGAUUUACAUGGUAAUUUUAAAGAUUUGAUUGCAUAUUCACAAUAUUUUUGGAAAUGUUCACCAUUUUUAAAUACAGGAAGAUAUUUAUUUUUAGGUGAUUAUGUUGAUCGUGGUAAUCAUAGUAUUGAAGUGAUUAUAUUUUUAUUCUGUUUCAAAAUAUUGGCACCGAAUAAUUUUUUUAUGUUACGUGGUAAUCAUGAAAUACGUGAUGUACAAAGACGAUUUACAUUUUUUUCCGAUUGUCAAAAACGUUUAAAUGUUGAAAUUUGGGAUCUAAUUAAUGAUUGUUUUGAUUGUAUGCCAUUAUCUGCCGUUAUUGAUGAUUGUAUAUUUGGUGUUCAUGGUGGUAUUCCAGUAUCGGUUACAACUAUUCAACAAUUGAAUGAUAUUCCAAUAACAUUAUCAAAUCCAUUUCAACAGAAUAGUGCUGCAUGGGAAAUGAUGUGGAAUGAUCCAAUCAAUUAUGAAGAAUUAUUAUUAUUACCAGAAAAUCAGCGUAAAUUCAUUAAUAAUAAUGAAAAAGGAUUUUGUCGAAAUUUUAAACGUGGUACUGGAUAUUUAUUUAGUGAAAAUGCAGUGAAAAAUUUUUUAAGAAAAAAUGCUAUCGAUUUUAUUAUACGUGCACAUGAAGUAUUUACCGAUGGAUUUAAUUUCAAUUCACAAGGUAAAGUGAUAACCAUUUUUUCUUCAUCCGGUUAUUCAAUUCCAUCAAAUAAAGCAUCCAUUUUGUUAAUAUCGAAUAAUAAGAUUCGUAUAAUAAGAACUUAGAAAG